GUCCAACCACUACAGUAAAAGUCAAUAGUGCAACGUUGUUGGUGUUUUUGGUACGAUGUCUGUUCGAAAAUUUUUCCAGUGGACAAGCCACAAUUGUCUUAAGGUUUUCAAAAAUUGGUCGACGUCGAUUCAGAACAGGCGACAGAGGAAAAAAUACACGAGUUACGGAUCGGCGAUAUCCCUGUCGAAUUACGGUUAUAGGGGUAGCAUUUCAACAGAAGUAACCAUCCUGGAGGAUCUGCACCUUUGCUCGUGUCAAGCGAACAACAACGAAGUGAACGAGAACAGGCUCAACGAAUGUAUCGAACAGAGAGGCGACUAUUAGAGUAAUUUCUUUGAAACUUGAUUAUUGCGGUGUAUUAAGGGAUUCGCGAAAUUUCUCGACUUCAACAUCAAAUCAAUCUUGUGCUAUAUUAGCAUUCUGUUUUGAGUUUUAUUAUGUUUAGAUGAAAUUCUGAUUAGAUUUAAGUAUCGAGUAAAAAUAAAUUAUCUCUAGAAAUUGUGAUGAUAGAUAAGGUAGAUUUUGUAUGAGUACUAGAAGUAAAAUUUAAAUUGAUUACAUUUAGAUUUUUA